ACCUAUUGAUGGCCCUCAAAAUGGUCCAGCUCCUGGUCCUUGGAAUAUUUGGGCAAAGCCUCCAAACUUGUUCCAGAAUCAGAAAAAGGAAAUAGAGGUUCCUUAUACUGCCUCUGUCAAGCCUUGUCAUCAGUGCAUGGCUCAAGGAAGUAAUACAUGCUCUGAUUGCUCCGGGCUUGGAACUGUUAACUGUAGUAGUUGCAGUGGUACAGGUCGUAGGACGGUUUUUGAGGGCGAGGAUGAUGAUAGUUGCCUUUCGUGUCAUGGAAGCGGAAACGAAAGUUGUAUGACAUGUGAUGGAUUAGGGCAUAUAACCUGCGUCUAUUGCGAAGGUUACUGUAAGCUGAAAUGUUACAUUAAAUUGACGAUACUCUGGACUAACCAUUUACAAGACCACAUAGUGGGGAGAACAGCUCUACCAGAUCACCUUCUACGUAAUGUUCAAGGCCAGGUUGCAUUUCAAGAACAACACUUUAGAGUUUGGCCAAUUAAUAACUUCCCAGAUGCUGACAUAAACACUGCAUCUCAGAGACUUGUUGCCGAGCAUGCCACAGCAUUUCCCACAGAGAGAAUACUCAUGCAGAGGCACCAGGUUAAGAUUAUACCAGUGACACAGGCCUACUACAAGUGGAAAGGGAAAGAUUUGGAUUAUUUUGUGUAUGGAUUUGACAAGAAAGUCUACGCACCUACAUACCCACAACAAUGCUGCUGCGGAUGUACAGUCUUGUAGAAUGUCACAGAUGAAAGGGUUACAGGCUAAAAACCAAUUGGCGACUUUUGAAAUUGCGAUUAUGCAGCCUUUAAUAACAAAAGAAAUGAUUAUUUUGAUCAAUCUAAAUAAACAUCUUCAUCAGUCCCAAAUUAAAACUUUUAUGAGAAGUUAUAUAAUUACCUUAUUCCACUUAAUGUGACCAUCUGAGUAGUUUAAUUUCAGUCAGUUAAUAGUACCAAUAACUGACUCGUUGAUUUUCAGUUGUGAAUACUAUCACUGCUAUUUUAAUUUUUUUUGUUUUACUUUGGCCAUUGAAAACUGACAAUUCCGAAUGCCUUAUUGAAAUCAUGUUGUGCUGCAGCCCACAUUGAAAAUCGGACAUUUUAAAUAGAUAUUACAGUACAACUGUUGCUAAUUUCUUGAUAUUGUAUUAGGCUGUACAUUAUAGGUCGAUAAAAUAUACAUGUCAGUUAGAAAAAGUUCAUUUAAACUUUUGUUUAAAAAAAGUUAGGCGUCAGAGUACAAACUCAGAACAAUUUUAUUCAUGGAUAAUUAGGAAGAACAAGUUCGAAAUACAGAAGAAUUGAAAUUGUAAUAAAAUAACGGCUAAAAUUAUGCAACUUCAAGAUGUAAAAUGUGAAAAAAAAUAGUUUAUGAUUUUUUGUACAGAGUGUUACAUAUAAAAUCUAGAAAAACAGUUAGAAAGUAAGAAGUAUAAGAGAUUUAUAACAGUCGCUUGGUUUUAAUGAUGUAUGGUUAUCUUAAGGUGUAUGCAAUGUAUUUAUUAGUUUAGAGAAACAAAGAGUAAUAAUGUAUUUGUCCAAAAUUGGUUUUCAGAAUGAAAUGACUCAACUAGAGCUCAUUCAUGUAUUAUUUGCAGAUUUUAAUUUUCUAAAGUACUUAAAAUGUUUUAAUUAAAAUGUUUUAAUAUUGAAAAAUUUAUAAUUGCACUGUCCCGGCUUAUAUUAUCUUCACAUAGACUUGAGAUUGAAACUGGUCCAGCAGGUGAAAUAAACCUUAAAUUAAACCUUUGAUGAAAAGAAGAGUAGAAAUUGUUUUAUUUGUAUUUUAGAAGAUAAAUUUUACUUCAUUUUAGAAUGUUCGCUUUAUAUAUAUAUAUUUAUUUUCGUUUUGUGUUUUAUACCUUUAUUAAUAGGAUGGUAUCUGUCCUAAGUAUUUAUAUACCAGUAAUGUCACUAUAAUUCCAGACAUGUUGUAAGUGAUAGUAGAUUAUAUUCUUAGUUAACGUUUUCAUAUUGCUAAAAAUACUGUGUAACUUAAUUAAUGAUAUAUAUGUUUUAUAAAGUAUUGACAUUGACCAUUGGACUGUAUUAUAUUGCUUACUUGUUAUACGUACUGUGUGCGCCGGAGCAUAUUGUCCGGAUGAAUUUUAAAAUAAACUCUUGAAACAUUGAAACUCUUGUAUUAUUUACAGAUGCCACUAUUUAAUAUAAAUAUGAAUUAUACCCAGUCAGUUGUAUUCAUGCUCAUGUUCCUCUGCAAGAUACGGCAAGGGCCUGAAGACAUAAAUAUUCUGGUUACAAAUCAUCACUGAAGUGCAGUAACGGAUUAACUUCUAUAAAAUUAAAUAAGGAGUUAACUGUUACUGCACUAAGUUGGCGAAAUGAUAGGUGCGUUAUUUUAUCUUGUUGAUGAUUUUGAAACCUUGUUUUAUACAUUAAUUACUAACUGUUUGUGUAAAAUAAAUCUACAAUACAGUAAUUACAACGUUUUCAUAAUGAUUAAAAACUUCUCCAAAGUUCCCAUAUAACUAUCCAAGUAAAUGAGUAAAUGAGACUGAAUUAUCUAAAGGUAAAAAUACUCAUUUGUUACUUUGCAAAAAUGAUAACAAGAUUAAAUUUUUGAUAUUUAUUUUAUUUUUGUGAAUACUGACCAAAGCAAUUUCAAGCAUUGUUAUGUCUUGAGAUAUAAAUAUAAA